UCAUCAAAAACCAUGGAUUACAAUGUGAACAUUUGUGAAACAGAUAUCGACUACGAGAAUCUGGCAGAUGGAGAACCAGCUCAGGAUUUCUCCUUCAAUCCCAUCAAUGAGCCAGAAACCAGCACCCAAAAUUGCCCUGAAAUACUGGAGAUGGAAGUCUUUAAAGAAUGCACAGAUGUACAGUCAAACAGAAGCAGUUACACGAGUGACGAAUCACACGACAGAGAAGAGAUCAGCCAUCUGCAGAGACACGGCUGGUCGGCUGCAACGGUAAAGGUGCUCGCCUCGAUGCCUAGUCGCACUGCAGAAUUAAAUAAAUCCCGGCGAGUGCGAUAUCAGGCCUCAUCCCAUGAAUCUCCUCACCUCUCCAGACCAGUCCAGGGUGCCUCUGUUCUGGCAGAGGCGGAGGAAAUCAACACUGAAGAUUCCAAUUUGUGCGCCGCUGAAAAUAAUAUGGACCAGCUGGUGUCCAGCCUCCAAGGCCUCUCAGUGAGUGAAGGCACCCGCAAGCUGCGAGCAAUGCCACUUAGCUUGGCAGAUAAGAUCGAAAUCCGAAAAGUUGCUUUCAGUUUAAAAACUGAAAGUUCAUUCAUCGGCAGAAAUAUACCCUGCUACACUCAUCUAAGCAUGUACAUUUCAAUGACUUGGCGCCACUGCCUCUUUAGCUGCCUGCCCGUCUUCAGUUCGUUCAAAUUGUGGCAUUCAGCCUUGAAGACACUGAGCGGACGUUACGGAACCGGUGUGCUGUCCUACUUCCUUUUUCUGAGAACACUCCUGUUCCUUAACCUUCUCCUCUUUGUCAUCACUGGCUUGUUCCUAAUCAUCCCACAAGGCAUCAACCCUCCUCCUAGUCCUAAAGCAGACUUCAGUGGUAUUGAGCUUCUCACGGGCACGGGCUACUUUUCUGACAGCUUGAUGUUUUAUGGCUAUUACUCCAGUGAAACGUUACCUGGAGACCAAUACCGAAUGCCAGCAGCCUAUUUCUUUACCAUCGGCUUCACCCUCUUCAUUAUCUGCAUCAUCCUUGUGUACAGGUUGUCCAAAUCCUUCGGAAAAAACUUUCAAGUCCUCAAAUCUAACAAGAAUCUGGCUGUGAAAGUUUUUUCUUGCUGGGACUUUAAAGUGAGCAAGAAGAUAUCUGUCAGACUCCAGUCUGAGAAAAUCAGCACUCAGCUCAAAGAGCAGCUGUCUGAGAUGAUCAAGGGAGAAGACAAAAAGACCUGCAUGCAACAACUUCACCGCCUUAUUGUUCAUCUGUUGGCGUGGACCGCAUGCUUAAUAAGCAUUUUCUUGGGCACCAUAGGAGUGCACAACCUGUCAGGAAAAAAAAUCGACAUCAAGACCACUUUAAAUCUGCCCAAAGACACUGAGUUGCUGGUCUUGUCAGCAGUGGUGUCGGGCAUUAACCUGUUACUCCCUGGCUUCUUCAACCUGUGCGUUUGGGCAGAGCAAUAUGAAUCACCUGGCACACGUGUCUAUGUCUCUGUCUUCAGGAACCUGCUGUUGAAGGUCAGUGUUAUUGGAGUUCUAUGUUAUCGCUGGCUGGAGAGCAUUCCAGCCAAUGGUCUGGAGUGUUGGGAGAGUUCAGUUGGCCAAGAACUGUACCGGCUCCUUGUGAUGGACUUCAUCGUUACGGUGCUUUACACUUUUUUGGGAGAGUUCCUAUGGAGGGUCUUUUCCCAGACAAUCCUGCAAAAGAAAAGAAAGCCAGUGUUCGACAUUGCUCGUAAUGUGUUGGAGCUCAUAUAUGGGCAAACUCUUACAUGGAUCGGAGUUCUGUUUGCACCACUUCUUCCUGGAGUCCAACUAAUAAAACUGAUUGUGUUGUUUUACAUGAAGAAGAGAAGUCUCAUUCUCAACUGUCAGGCCUCGAGAAAGCCCUGGAGGGCCACUCAAAUGACAACGCUGUUCAUUUGCAUACUGUGGUUCCCCUCAUUUCUUGGCACUGUCGUGACUAUCAUUUAUACAGUAUGGACAAUCAAACCCUCGGAAAAGUGCGGCCCUUUCAGGAAUCUCACAACAAUGUUUGAGGGAGGGCAGAUGUCGACCAGGCACCUGGAGGAUGCUCAUCCAAUCCUGAAGUGGCUCAGUUGGGUCUACGACUGUUUGGUAGAGAAUCCAGUGUUUCUAUUCCUCGCCAGUGGAGUCUUUCUAAUGGUGAUAUACUUUCAGGCUCAAGUUGUUGAUGGCCAGAGGAAAAUCAUCAGCCGGUUAGAAAAGCAGAUUGAAAAUGAGGGUAAGGACAAAAAGUUCCUCAUCGCCAAAUUACAGGAUUUAUGCAAAUAAUCAUCCCACUUCCCCUCAAGGUCUCUGGCUGAACACUGUGAACAAAGUGCACUCUCUCACUACACAUCUCUCACUACGCAGCAGUUUGGCUCACUGAGAAGUAUUUUGGCUUCGAUAUUAUCUCAAAGCUGAGUUGAUUGUCCAGAUAAACAGGAACGUCUAAAACAUGCUACAAACAUGAACAAAAUAAAAGUAAAAUCAGUAACCGUGAAGUUUGCUGUUUUUAAAUAUAUGUUAAUCUUGGUCAUCUCUGAAAACUGAAUCACUGACAGUUGGCACCUCAGCAGGGUUAUUAAUAUUUAUUUAUAGGCUUUUAUUAUCACAGUGUACAAUGAUCUUCAAUGUA